CUGCUUUGAGAGCUGCUGGAUAUGGUUACAUUACAACAGCGGUCCGCUCCCCGGUGGACGGCCGUGCUACUGCUAUGGACGGCGCUGUGCAGCUUGUUCUUGCCAGCUGUGUCUGUCAAACAUGAAAACUUCAAGACUUGCGACCAAUCUGGCUUCUGUAAGCGCAACCGCGCGUUCGCCGACGACGUCACUGCCUCUAGCUCCUUCUUGUCCCCAUACGCCCUCGACCCUACGACGCUCAAGUUCAAAGAUGGCCAAUUGGAUGCUGUAGUCCUAAAGACAAUCAAAAAUGGUCAGGAGAAGGUUCAGUUGCCGCUCACGGUCACUUUCCUCGAAUCUGGUGUUGCGCGCGUUACUCUCGACGAAGCAAAGAGACAGAAGGGCGACAUCGAUCUCAGGCACGACAGCAAGGCUAGAAAGGAACGUUACAAUGAGGCUGGCAAGUGGGCUCUUGUUGGUGGAUUGAAAACCUCCAGCGGCGCAGCACUGGCCGAGGCAGCAGAUGCUGGCUACACCAAGGUCGUCUACGGCAAAGGCAGCAAGCACCAAGCUAUCAUCCGUCAUGUACCCUUCUCAAUCGAGUUCCAGCGGGAUGGAGAGACGCAAGUCAAGUUCAACGAGCGUGGUUUCUUGAAUCUCGAGCACUGGAGAGCGAAGGCCGAGAAGCCCAAGGAAGAACCCAAGGAGGGCGAAGAGAACAAGGAGGACCAGAAGGUCGAGGAAGAGCAGGGUGAAGACGAGAGCACUUGGUGGGACGAGAGCUUUGGUGGAAACACCGACACAAAGCCUCGGGGUCCUGAAGCCAUCUCUCUUGACAUUUCCUUCCCCGGCUACGCACAUGUCUUCGGUAUCCCUGAGCAUGCCACAAGACUCUCGCUGAAGACCACCAGGGGCGGCGACGAUGCUUACACCGAACCAUACCGACUGUACAACGCCGACGUCUUCGAGUACGAGAUGGAUAGCCCAAUGACCCUCUACGGUGCCAUUCCCUUCAUGCAGGCUCACCGCAAGGGUUCCACCGUUGGUGUUUUCUGGCUUAAUGCCGCCGAAACCUGGAUCGAUGUUACCAAGAAGAAGAACACUGCGAACCCGCUCGCGCUCGGUGUCGAAGGCCACACUGACACUCAGACUCACUGGAUGUCGGAGAGCGGUCUGCUGGAUGUCUUCGUCUUCCUUGGCCCCACUCCUCAGGACCUCACUCGCCAGUACGGAGAGCUCACUGGCUACACUGCCAUGCCUCAGUCCUUUGCCAUUGCUUACCACCAGUGCCGCUGGAACUACGUCACUGAUGAGGAUGUUAAGGAUGUUGAUCGUCGUUUCGACAAGUUCAACAUCCCCUACGACGUCAUCUGGCUCGACAUUGAGUACACUCACGAGAAGGAGUACUUCACCUGGGAUCCUCUGACCUUCGUUGACCCUAUCUCGAUGCAGCAGCAACUUGACAAGCGAGACAGGAAGCUCGUAGCCAUCAUUGACCCUCACAUCAAGAACACCAACAACUAUCCCAUUAUUGAUGAAUUGAAGAAGAAAGACCUUGCUGUCAAGAACAAGGAUGGCAACCAGUACGAGGGCUGGUGUUGGCCCGGUUCCUCAAUGUGGGUCGACUGCUUCAACCCAGCUGCUAUCGACUGGUGGAAGGGCCUGUUCAAGUACGACAAGUUCAAGGGCUCUGCAUACAACACGUUCAUCUGGAACGACAUGAACGAGCCGUCGGUCUUCAACGGUCCAGAGACAACCAUGCCUAAGGACAACCUGCACCACGGCAACUGGGAGCAUCGCGAUGUUCACAACGUCAACGGCAUGACCUUUCACAAUGCUACCUACCAGGCCCUGAUUGAGCGCAAGAAGGGCGAGCUUCGCCGUCCGUUCGUCCUUACCCGUGCCUUCUACUCUGGUAGUCAACGCAGCGCAGCCAUGUGGACCGGUGACAACCAGGCUGACUGGCCUCAUCUCGAAGCAUCUCUGCCUAUGAUCCUCAACCAAGGUAUCUCUGGUUUCCCAUUUGCAGGUGCUGAUGUUGGAGGUUUCUUUGGCAACCCCAGUAAGGAGCUUCUCACCCGCUGGUACCAGGCUGGUAUCUACUACCCGUUCUUCCGUGGCCACGCCCACAUCGAUACUCGCCGCCGUGAGCCCUACAUCCCUGGAUCUCCUUACACCGAAAUCAUCACGCAAGCCCUUCGUCUCCGUUACCAGCUACUUCCUGCUUGGUACACUGCCUUCCACGAGGCCCACACAACUGGUGCACCGAUCGUGCGUCCCAACUUCUACAUUCACCCUGACGAUGAGGCUGGAUUCGCCAUCGACGAUCAGCUUUAUAUCGGAUCCACCGGUCUGCUUGCCAAACCUGUCACCAAGGAAGGCGCCGAUAGUGUCUCCGUAUACCUCGCUGACGACCAGCCCUACUUCGAUUACUUUGACUACACCACCUACAGCGGCAAGGGUCAGCACAUUGUCCCCGCUCCUCUCAACAAGAUCCCACUUCUGAUGCGCGGAGGUCAUAUCAUCCCUCGUCGCGAUCGCCCACGCCGUUCUUCAGGCCUGAUGAAGUACGACCCUUUCACUCUUGUUGUCGUUCUCGACAAAGAUGGCAACGCGGCUGGCACACUUUACGUCGAUGAUGGCGAGACCUUUGACUAUCAGGGCGGUGCCUUCAUCCACCGUCGCUUCUCUUUUGAUGGAAAACGCAACAUUCUCACCUCGUCCAACCUUGACACCAGCACUAUCCGCACCGUCAGGUACGAGAAGUACGCCAAGUCGAUGGCCAAGGUUCGUGUCGAGAAGGUCAUCAUCGUCGGUGCCCCAAGUGUAUGGAAGGACAAGGACGAGGUCAUCGUCAUGGAAGAGGGCUCGAAGGAGAGCAAGAGGAGGAAGCCAGUGCCGCUAGAAUACUAUGCUGCGGAUGGCAAGAAGGCUGCCUAUGCGGUCAUUCGUGACCCUAGUGUUGGCAUUGGACGUGGCUGGAAGAUCGAUUUUGGUGGUGCGAAUGCUGGUCCGCAUGAUCACCACGGCCAUGAGCAUUGAAUGUAGCGACGAACAAGAUCUGAUGUUGC